CCCGUGGUUUUCGGGAUUUUUCCAUAAAAAAACACGUUUUGACAAUUAUCUUGUAAACAAAUGGGUUUACAACAUUUUGUCAAGACGCGUUUUUUGCCGGGAAUUCAAUUAUAAAUAUUAAUUAUUUGAGAUAAAAAUCGCUAAAUCGUCUUCUUUUUUUAAGUAAUCGCGGUUUUUUGUUUAAAUUUCAAAUCGAUUUAUUGAAUAAACAAAUGGAUUUACGGGACCCGCCAUAAGAAAUUUAUUGUAGACAAUUUGAUUCUCUGCAACAAAUCUCUUAUGACAAAAGGCCGUAAAUCCAUUUGUUUAGUUGAUAAUCAAGAAAACGCGUUUAUUGCGCCGGAUUCCGCGAAAAUCGCGACCUAUCCCCUGGGAAUGUAGAGAUGCAUUGUUUAUUAUUAAUUAUCCUGAUAAGAGGCUUUUUACAAGAUUUUGUCAAGAGACCUGUUUAAACUAUAGCUAAAAAACGCCCCCCAACUCAUCGACAAGUGAUCGAUGAAUUUCGGAUACUUCCGGAGUUCAUCGGGUCACUGGUCAUCGGUCUCGGUCACCAACUUGAGACCCCCCCCAAAUCAGUCUUUCAACGUAUCUCCAACGUACCGGUCAACGUAAUUCUAUAAUUUCGCCUUUAUCAACGUCUCUCAACUACAAUUAGAAUAUCAGCGAUCCAGGAUUUCACACGGGUGAAACCCAACGAACUUUGUGAAACUUGUAUAGUUUUUUACAAUUAGGGACAAUAAACAUACGAAGUUUUUAUAACUUAGUGUCGUGUGUCUUCAAUUGCAUCUCACUACACCAAUCCCAAUUUUUCCGACGCCCGACCACCCAAAACAACGUUCCUCAACUAAACAUUGGUCCUUCGAGCCGGAUGGUGCGGUAAAAAACAGUGAAAAAUUGUGAAAGUGCAGUGAAAUUUCAACGAAACCAAAAAGGACGCCAAGUCCUAUAGUGAAAUCAACGACCCGUGGAAUAUUCUGGAACAUUCCAACGAUAAACCCAACAACAUUCCAACGAUAAUCCCAACGUGAGAACAAUAAGAAUUUAUUGCCCUCGACCCUUUGUAUUCGGUGUUUACAUUCCAUCGGGUCUCAAAUUUCCCUGACCGCGAGUGCGACAAUUCGGGAAUGCUCGGCCCACUUCGCUCAACUUCGUCAGUAGUCCCCCACUUACUGGGACUGUGCUCAACGAGUGAGAUCGCACCCCACUCAACGUCAACGCAGCGGUCGGUACAGCUCAACGGUCGGUAACGUAGUUAUCAGUUACCAACAUGGCAGAUGAUAGAGAGUACGAGCCAACCCAACCCAUCGAAAUCAACUUCGGGAUCAACCCCGUACCUCCGAUCGUCGUUAACCCUCCAGAGACGCAAGCUCCAACCACACAGGAGCAUGAAGACUGGGCAACUGCAGUGGAAACUUUUCCUUCAGUCAACAUCUCAGCUAUCAAGACAAGGAAGUCUGAAAUUGCAACGAUGCCAUCAACUUCAAGUACACCAACGCAGCUCUCAACAGGAACAAACAAUCAACUAGAGUUUUUGCAAGACAGAAUACUAGAAUUCAACGCAAUUGAUGAGGAACUGAGGGAAUUAAGAGCCUCAGAUACAACGCUGGAGGAACUCAACGGCCAUGAGGAAUAUUUAAAGGACGCCUGGAUUGAAUUUGCUGAGCGAUCACAGGCAUUGAUUGCUAAUCUACCUGCUGAUCACAGCUACAUGACGGGAAAGGCAUUCCUCAAAACUGGAGAAUUAAAACGGCAGACGCUGAAGAGGAUCUGGAAACUUAAAGGGGAGAUAUCAACGAAGGAGAAAUUAUCCGCGGGUAGAACAACGAACAGUCAACUGAAAAGAAUCGAUCUCCCAACAUUUCAAGGUAAAUUUUCCCAGUGGAAAGAGUUUUCUGAUCUGUUCCAGAAUCUGGUUGGGAGAAAACCAGACAUGUCGCCUGCAGAAAAGCUGGUGAGGCUGAAGGAGGCUCUUAAAGGACCCCCAGCUGAGCUAAUCUCGUCCUUCACUGCUACGGACAUCAACUACGAGAAGGCAUGGGACAAACUUCAACGGCAUUAUGAAAAUCCACGUCUCAUCGCCGGACACCUCUUCAACAGGGUGCUCAACUUGCGGCCAAUGGCUAAGGGAGACGCCAAGGCCAUGAUGACCAACGCACACAUUGCUCGUGAGACAGUGGACCACCUUAUCAGCACCGCCGGGAUUCCCAAAGAGGAUUUGGGCGAUCAAUUCGUUUUUCACUUGCUCAAACGAUCAAUGGAGGCUGAUACUCGCACCACGUGGGAACAGAGGCUGGGAACAUCAACGAAUUUCAUACCUCUGCAGGAGUUAGUCAACUUCCUGGAGUCAACAGCAAGAGGCAUGACUCCAGAUGAUCAACACGAACCAACGGUUCAUCAACGGCCAAAAGAGAAAAUUCAACGUGGAAAAUCACCACCUCGAGCACGCGUUUAUCAUGCCGCCGAAGCAACAGUUCAACGAAAGGAACCUCAGCAUAUUAAGCCUGCUGAUUGCUGUGGGUACUGUAACGCCAAGCACUUCAUUGGAAAGUGUCCAUCAUUUCUCAGCCUCUCAGCGCAGAGAAAACUAGAGCAUCUGUCAACAACACGACUAUGCUACAACUGCUUCGGUACACACCUGGUGACGAGAUGCAAGUGCACUAAAUCUUGCAUGAAAUGUCAACACAGGCACCACACGCUGUUGCACAUGGACCCAACAGACAGAGAGAGACCACCGACAUCGACAAUCAACAGCGGUCCAGAGCAACAAUCAACGAGGGAGGAAUCAGGUCGUCCAACAUCAACUCAGUCAACUAGAUCCAACGAGGAUUCAACAGAUUCAACGGCUAACAAGAGGAUUUACGCCCCCCUGAGUCAAGUCGAAGAAUCGACUCAACGGAAGUCGGUCAACGCAGAGGACGCUAAGUUCUCCCACAAAUCAACGGAUCAGCGACUAGUGCUCUUGGCUACGGCUAAAGCCAGGGCAUUCUCCAAAAGCGGAUUCUACACGAUCGCCAGAAUCCUCAUCGACCAAGGCUCAGAGCUUUCAUUUAUUUCGGAAAGCCUGGUUCAUCAGCUUCAACUACAACGACGACAUUCAACGAUUGAACUCAUCGGAAUUGGUGGAAAACACGCAUGUUCAACGAGAGGGAUUGUGGCAAUCACGCUCCAAUCAACGAAACAGCCAUUUCAACAAGUUGAGAUCAACGCCCACAUCCUGCAAAAGCUAACCUCACGGUUACCAACGUUCUCAUGCUCAUCUGCAUCAAUCGGAUCACUGCAGCAGCUUCAACUGGCAGAUGAGAACUAUUCAACACCUGGACCUAUCAACAUAAUUAUCGGAGCUGACAACUACGGGAAAAUCAUCGGCAACGGGAUUGAAAAAUCCAACGAUGAUCAAUUAGUUGGCCAACUAACAACAUUCGGAUGGAUAAUAUCGGGUCCAUUAUGCAACACAACGUCUUCAACGAGGACCUCCUUAUCCGCGGCAAGGGGAUCUUCCAACGAACAAUUAACGGAGCUUCUACAAAGAUUCUGGGUCCAGGAAGAACCACCAAUCUCAACAAAUCCAACUAACGAGCUCACACCAGACGAAUUAGAGUGUGAAGAACACUUUCAACGCACUCAUCAGCGAGACACGUCUGGGCGCUACAUUGUGCGACUGCCACUUCGCACAUCAACAGCAGCGCUCGGAGAAUCGAGGAAUAAAGCGCUUCGUCAGCUCCAGUCGGUGAAACGAAGACUAAACGCUAAUCCUGACUACAGCAAACUCUACUAUGACUUUAUCAACGAAUACGAAGCACUUGAUCACAUGCGACGUAUACAACAAAUAUCAGAACCAGCAACAAACUACUACCUGCCACAUCAUGGGGUUCUGAGGGAAGAUUCGCUAACCACGAAGCUUCGAGUAGUCUUCAACGGCUCCAACAAGACAUCAACGGGUAUCUCACUCAACGACAUCCUCCAUGCGGGCGGAAAGCUUCAAGUGGAUGCAAUGGAUGUACUAACAUGGUUGAGACGACAUCGACUCGUCUUCGGCACCGACAUCGUUAAGAUGUUUCGACAAAUCAACGUACACCCUGACGAUUGGAAUCUUCAACGCAUUCUUUGGAUAGACAACAAUCAACAACUUGUGACAUACCAACUAACAACGGUCACAUAUGGACAGAAAUGCUCUCCAUGGCUCUCUUUGAGAGUCCUUCAACAACUCGUCAACGAUGAAGGUCAACGAUUCCCUGCAGCAGUGCUACCGCUAACUAAAGGCCGUUAUGUCGACGACAUUUACGGUGGAGCGGACUCUGAGGGAGAAUUCAAAGAAAUGAUAAUUCAGCUUCAACAGAUCUGCCAGGCGGGCGGAUUUCCACUUCAAAAGUGGACCAGUAAUCGCCCAGAGAUACUCCAACAGCUCAACUUGUCAACGGGACCGGCAGGUACAGUGCAAUUCGAGGAAGCAGUCAUCAAAACGCUCGGAUUGUGCUGGCAUCCAGCAACAGAUUUAUUCCAAUAUAAAUCGAGAACAUUCAACUCAACGAGCUUCACCAAGAGGGUACUGCUAUCGGAAAUAGCUCAAAUUUUCGAUCCUCUUGGAUUCAUCGCACCAGUCAUUGUCCGAGGAAAAAUACUCAUCCAAGAACUAUGGCUGCUCAAACUCGCUUGGGAUGAUCAACUUCCACUCGGCUACGUUCGAAGAUGGAAAGAGUUCAGGGAGGAACUCACGCAACUAAAUCAACUGUCCAUCCCAAGAUGGCUAAAUCUAUCUCCAACGACUACCAACGUACAAAUACAUGGAUUUGCCGACGCAUCAACAGCUGCCAUGGGAGCAGUCGUUUAUCUACGAGUUCAACGAGACAACGAAACACCAACAAUCAGCUUGGUGUGUGCAAAAACAAGAGUUGCACCACUGAAAAAGCUGACGAUUCCACGCCUGGAGCUAACCGCGGCCCUUCUGCUGACAAAAAUUGUCAGCUGGGCACAACGCACACUGGAAAUCAACGGAGAGACAUACCUUUGGUCUGAUUCUUCUGUAGCUUUGGCAUGGAUCAACAGCCAUCCAUCGAGAUGGAAGGAAUUCGUUCACAAUAGAGUAACGAAAAUCCAGGAAGAGUUACCAACAGCCGUAUGGAGACAUGUUGGUGGGAUUUACAACCCUGCUGACUGCGCUUCACGUGGCAUUUCACCGAGUCAACUCAACGAACAUCACCUUUGGUGGAAAGGGCCUGACUGGCUAGCAAAACCGCCGUCAGCCUGGCCACAACAUACAACCAGUGCUCCAACGGAAGUCUCUCUUGAAGAGAGACCAGCAACAGCUCACCCAGUAGCUGCUGAAGCUAGGCAGCAUCCACUGACAGAGUUCCUGAACAGAUAUUCUACUUUAUCAAAAGUAUUACAAGUCACCGCAACGAUGAAUCGAGCCAUCCAACGACUUCGACGACAACCAACGCCCGAUUCAUCAGUAUUAACAACGAUAGAACUCAACGAAGCGAGGACAUUCUGGGUUAAGGUAACACAACACCAAUACUUUGAAUCUGUGUUUCAGAACUUGAACAGAGAUAUUCAACUACCUCGCCAACAUCCACUGGCCAAGCUCACCCCGAGAAUUGAUGAUCAAGGAAUUCUCAGGCUUGGUGGACGACUAAAGAACUCAUUGCUUGAUCCAGACGAGACUCAUCCAAUUAUCUUACCACGACAAUCUCGCCUGACAACGCUCAUCAUCAACGAAGCUCACCAGAAAACACUCCACGGAGGAGUUCAACUCACCAUGGCUCACAUCAGACAACGAUACUGGAUCGUUGGUGGCAGAAAGUCAGUGCACGCAGCAAUUCUGCGCUGUGCUGUCUGCACCAGAUUCAGGGCAACAAGAGCCCAACAGUUAAUGGGUCAGCUUCCAACAGCCAGAGCAACGCCUUCAAGACCAUUCCUGCAUACUGGAGUGGACUAUGCAGGGCCACUUCCAAUCCUGAAGUGGAGACCAACGAACGCGCAACCAUCAACGGUUCAUAUAGCGGUUUUUGUGUGUUUCACAACCUCAGCUGUUCACCUUGAACUGGUCAACAGACAAACAACGGAUGCAUUUAUCGCAGCAUACAAAAGAUUUACUGGAAGGCGAGGCAUUCCAGCUAUCAUGUAUAGUGACAAUGCAACGACAUUCGAAGGAGCAGCCAACGAACUCAACAGACUAUACAACCAAGAAUCUCCAGAUAACCAACAAAUUAGAGCUGCUCUUGCUUCCAACGGAACCCAGUGGAAAUUCAUCCCACCAAAUGCUCCUCACUUCGGAGGCAAGUGGGAGGCCGCUGUAAAGUCAACGAAGUAUCAUCUACGACGAGUAUUAGGAACAACAACUUUAACAUACGAAGAGCUCAACACGAUCCUGAUACAAAUCGAGGCCUGUCUCAACUCAAGGCCUAUUGUUCCGAUGAGAGAUGACCCAGAUGACCUUCAGGCUCUUACACCAGGGCAUUUCCUCAUCGGAGAACCUCUUCAACUACUCCCGGAGCCAUCUCAACUCAACACAAAUAUCAACAAAAUCACACGAUGGAAUCUGGUGACCCAGAAAAUACAACAAUUCUGGUCGAGAUGGUCCAGGGAGUGUCUCCAACGUUACCACUCCAUCUACAAGUGGAAUCAACAGCAACGCAACAUCAAGGUGGGAGAUAUGGUCCUGAUGAUCAAUGAUGAUCUCCCUCCAGCACGUUGGCCACUGGCGCGAGUCAUUGCGGUAAGGCCAGGGGCUGAUGGCCUAGUGAGAGUCGCAGAACUGCUCACAGCAACACCAGAAGUCCCAACGAAUCCAGAUGGAUCACCAUCGACACAGAACAUUCGGGUUCAACGACAUCAAUACACCAGACCGAUAGCAAAACUUUGCUUGCUACCAACGGACCCAACACCAGCAGACCAACAAGAGGACAACUAGAGAUUACCAUCAACAGAGGAUUCAUCACGCCUGAUGAAUGCGGGCGGGAUGUUUAAACUAUAGCUAAAAAACGCCCCCCAACUCAUCGACAAGUGAUCGAUGAAUUUCGGAUACUUCCGGAGUUCAUCGGGUCACUGGUCAUCGGUCUCGGUCACCAACUUGAGACCCCCCCCAAAUCAGUCUUUCAACGUAUCUCCAACGUACCGGUCAACGUAAUUCUAUAAUUUCGCCUUUAUCAACGUCUCUCAACUACAAUUAGAAUAUCAGCGAUCCAGGAUUUCACACGGGUGAAACCCAACGAACUUUGUGAAACUUGUAUAGUUUUUUACAAUUAGGGACAAUAAACAUACGAAGUUUUUAUAACUUAGUGUCGUGUGUCUUCAAUUGCAUCUCACUACACCAAUCCCAAUUUUUCCGACGCCCGACCACCCAAAACAACGUUCCUCAACUAAACAGACCUUUCUUGUUGUAAAUUUAAUUUGCAAUAAAAAAGAUCUCUUAACACAAUACUGUAGGCCUCCUGCAUCAUGAGAUAAUUAAUAUUUAAACAAUUAGCUGCGGAAUGCCAAGGGGGAUGCCCGUGGUUUUCAGAAUCGUGUAUUUUAAUAAAUAAUACUAAUAUAAAUAAUAAUCGGUUUUUAAUCACCCCAGCCCCCCCCCCUCCCGUGAAAGGAUUGUCUCGAAAUAUCUUUCGCCCCCUCUCACUCUCUCUCACUCUCACUCACUAGCGGAAUGGAACGUCCACCCGAGGAGAAGGGGAAGCACGCACACUGCUUACCCGCGGCACACGGACGGAGAGCCGCACAAUGCUCGCGCCCCAUUGGCCGUUCUUUUCACCCCCAUAUCUCUGCAGGAGUGCGUCGGAGCGAAAAGUGGAAAAGGACUUUUCUGCUCAGAAUCACCCCCAAAACAUGCCUGGUCAGCAUCGACACACUUAAUCGGAGCACCCUGUAUCUAUACAUAUGUAUGGAAAUUUUUUACGUUGAGAGAGUAAUAGACCUUAUUUGUUUAUUUCUAUUCUGUUGAUUUAUGCAUACUCCGUUUUCUCUGGAAAAAAAAUGAAUGAUCAAUCCAUCAAAUUCAAAUUUGUCCCUUGAGGAAAUGAUUUAAAAUCUGUUAGAUCUAUUUGCUACUGAAGCACGGUCUUAUGAGACCUGAAUAUAGUUACUUUAUAGAUUUUCCUCAGUAAAAUCUAGUGAUUCUGCACAUGAAAAAUUACAUCCGAAUUUACUAAAACGGUUCUCUACUCUAGUGGAAAGUAUUUUCCAUAAAAAAUUCAUGGUUAACAAAGAUAAUGGUGAAUAUUAAGUUUUUAAAAAAAAUUAUAUAAUAUUAAUACUAGAAAAAAAAAAUAAUAAUCUCAGAAUUUUUUAAACAGUUUUUUUUUACGUAAAAUCGGUAUUUUCUCCCCCGUACUUUCUAAAAUGCACCACUUUCAUUCAUAUCGAUAAUGAUGUAUUUGAUCGCGAAGAAACCUCAAAAGAAGAAAUAAAUAUUAAUAUUAUGAGUGAGACGGAAUUUUUAUCGAAAUGAUUGUCCCACACAUGGAGAACUUGUUGGUAAUAAUUUAUCAUUCAAUUAUGAAAUUUUUCUCCUCAGAAGAUGCCACUGGGGCGUUAAAAAAUACUCGAAAGAUUCUUUUGACACUUAAAUAUCCGAUUAUUUUUCUUUUCAAUUUUCCUCACCUUCGCCAUUGGUAUCAUUGCAGUGUAUUAGGAGUAGUUGUGUGUAUUUUGAGAAACUGAUAACUGACGAAACGCCCUUGAAACAUUGGAAGUCUUCUCAGUAAUAAGAAAUAUUAUGAUCAUUAAUGACUUCAAGCUUUCAUUGCAAUGACAGAAUACUUGAUGGUAAUUAUUUACGUGAAACGUUGGUCUGAAAAAGAGUUUUCCUUCUCUCUAAAUCUCUGAAACACUGCAGACAAUUAUGUUACUUCAUACAGCAGAAAUGUGAUGAUUUUUCAACCAUUGUUUAUAUGUACGCAUCUCGAAGAAAUGUAAACUUAAAUGCUCCAGAACCGCUGAUGAUAAAUUAUUGAUGAUCCCGAUGGGAAUUUUAACGCACUCAAGAUAUAUAUAUCUUAUCUACUAGUAUGUACAUAUAUACAUAACUAAUCCUACAUUGCGACGCCCGAAAGGACUACAUUUUUUCGUAUUAAGGGAGUCGAGAGCCUUUCUCCUAUAUAUCCAUUUUGUCAACCCAUAUGUUGUCGAAGGAUUCCCUCACUCUGUCCCCCUGGAAAAGAAAGUACGAUUCAAAUGAUCGAUAUAUUGCAUUUCCGUUUUUUUUUAACGAGGAAUUCAGGAUCGAAUAGAAUAAUUACUAAUCAGUGAUAACUUAUUAUAAAUUAAAUUGAAUAUUUCUGAAUUUCAUGAAACAUAUCUGAUAACUGGAGGAAUAGGUAGAAAGGAAUUCAUAUUCAUAUUUCGACCAUGAACAUGAGAAAACUUCGAUCAUGAAUCAUGGGUUAAAAAUAAAACUAUGGAACUGUUUUUACCAAAGCCAUUGAUUCCAGUGCACUUGCGAUGUUUGCAAUAGUCUUUUUAUUCUAUUUUAAUACUUCCUGUUGCUAUUUCGCCAAACCCCCAUGAAACACUAAUGAAUGGAUGAAAGCUCGAUACUGUGGACAAAACAAGACAUAUCAUGAUCAUUGACAAGAUCAAUUAUCAAGUGUAACGAGGAAAAAAAUAUUCUGUGAAUUAUUCACUUCUGUGCAGCGAAAUGAUCUGUCUUCCGUGCUUAAAAGCCUGGAGAGUGGUGAGAAAAGAUGCUCCUUAACCUCAAGACUCAGAGGGAUAGAUCUGAGGUUAUAAAAGAAAUGAAAGGGGAUGUUUAAUGUAUUUCUAUGUGCAACGCGUGUCUUUAAUGUGUAAAGUCCAGAUUAUUUUAACAAUUCCGCGACAUAAUUAAUUUAAAUAUCAAAUUAUCGAAAAAAAGUCAAU